UUUAUCCAUUAAAAUGAUAUAAUUUAAUAAAAAAUGAUAGCAAAUAUUGAAAAUAGUGAUAUACAAAAUGAAAAUAAUACAGGACCUCGUGAAUUCACCGUGGUAGUAAAAAUUAUAAAUGUUAUUAUAGUUGCUGUGUUUUUAUUGCCACUAGCUGAAUAUUUACUGAUAAUGAAAAGUGAUAACAAUCAAAUUGAGAGUGUGGAAACGGAAAUUGUAAAAGGAUCCCGGGAAGUUAUUGUUGAUACAAGAGUUGAAACCAAGGAAUAUACGGGUAAUAAUGAAAAUUCUCAACUUGGAAAAACCAAACAAAAAAGCUACGAAUUAAUAUUAUGGGAGAAAAUUGUAAAGGAACUGAUUGAAGAAUCUGAACUUUGCUUUCCUAAUGAUUUUUAUGCCAAAAAAAAGGAUAAGAUGAUAAACCAGAAAACAAAAAAAUAUAUAAAAACAACAAAUAAAGAAAGAAGAGAAGUACCAGUGCCACCAAUAGUGAAUUACGCCAUUGGUGCCAUCUUGGUAGUAUUAUUAGCAGCGGCCCUAUUAGAACUAUAUAAAGCCAAAAGUCAACCUGUCAAAAAAGACGGCAAGAAUUCUUUAAGCCGAAAAUGUUCUUUGGCUGAUUUAACGGUCAUGAAACAUCACAGGAAGGAAAUGCUUAGAAGGGACUCAAUCCUAGAAGCAGCCGAGGAGAACAUCUGCUCUAAACAACUGGGAUACAAACCAGCUCCCUUAUACCGCCAAUAUUCCUUUCCUGUAGGACCAAGUAGUUUGCCUAUAAUGGGUACAAGUAAUCAUAACGGUCGUCGACUAUCAAUUCAAGGUGCUAUGAGGUACGUUCCAGUAGUCGAUGGAAGACCAGCGGCCGUUUUACAAGGACGAAGACACUCAAUUAUAUCAGACGGCAAACAACCUUUAAUAGCAGUUGAAAGUGACAGAAGCCUGUCUGUUGAAAGAGGAAUUCUUCUUACUGAUAGGAUAGUUGACGAUUCACUUGAAAGACGGUAUUAUGGACAUGGUAGACGUGUACACAGGCAUUGAAGACUGGUAGAUAUAUUGAAAAAUACCAUUUAUUGUAAUGUAUAAGUAUUGGAAUGUUCGUAUCCAUUAAUUACUUACACAUAGACAGGAGAACCAGAUUUCUUAGGAUUUUAUGAAUACGUGAAAACUAUUUUAACAGCGAUCAUUUUGGUACCAGCUAAGUGAGUAUGUUCACAAUUUGUAGACAAAAGCUUGUAAGAAACUAAAAAACUUCUUAGUUUCUUACAACCUUACAAAAUCUAAAUAUAAAGUAUACACAAGAAAACUUCAAUAGAUAACGAUGUUACUUUUUAAAAUGUAAAUGUGAACAUAUGCUUUGUCAAAAUAGGACCAGAUAUAAAACUAAAUAGACGGAAAUCCUAAAAUAUGUAAUAAUUUGUAUCAAAAAUUAAUACCAUAUUUAAACUAAUGAGUAGUAUUCUCCGAAUUAAAUCGUUUAUAGCAUACAAGGCAUUUUCCAGCAAAUAUGCCUUCAAAAUCGGUAAAAAAUGUUAUAGAUUUUAUUUCAAUUCGCAAAUUAUUGUUAAUUUUUUUACAUUGCACAGUAUUGAGCCCUUAACUAAUUCUGAACUUGGAGUAGGUAGAUAAAGGUCGUGCUCCGCGUUCCUAAGUGGGUGGGUGCAAUGAUCUUUGUAGAAUUGGAAAAACAUAUUUACGAAUUAAGCAAACUGAUUCAAAGAUGAAUAAGGAAAUGUUUUGAAUCUAGUAGCUCUCUUUUGUAGUUUGAAGUUUCGCUCAAAUUGAGUCACACCAAACGUACUCCAGAAGGGAAAGGUGGAUACGUUCAGUUCCUUGGAUACUGAUCUUAGCGCAAAACAGACAGGACCCAAUUUUUUAGAUACAACGGCGAUAUGUAAUUCCAAUUUCAAAGAAUGCCUACAACAGAUUUACUGACGACAAUAGUGGUGUUAUUUAGUACAAAAGGCUGCAAUUUAUUUUUAUAUAAUAAAACUUUAGUUUAGAGGCACAUAAGUUCAGAAUCAAACCAUGAUUUAAGGGUAAUUAGGUCACUAGAUAUGGUCUUAGGACUAGUAUCGUCAACAUAUUUUACUAAUGAUGUCUAGAUAGUCAAUAUUAUUGAUAAACAUAAGAAACAGAAUAAGGCCUACUACUAAGCACACUUAAGGCACACCAUAUUCUAUUGGUUUGCAAGAAGACAUCGUUGUAUCAACCCUUACAAGAUAAUUUCUGUUGGUUAGGUAUGACUUAAACAAUGCGAGAGGUAUUCCCCUGAAACUUUUAUACUGCAGUUUGUUGAUUAAAAUAUUAUGAUUAACACAAUAACACAAUCAAAAACCUUAGAAAAAUUACAAGAAGAUGUUGCAAUGGAGUGAUUGUUUUUUAUGCAGGUGUAAACAUUAUUUAUGAGGGAGAAUAUUGCAUGAUUUGUGCAUUUGGUAAUUGAAACUCCAAAGUAAUGGAUAGUAUGGAUUUUAUGUUCAAUAUAAAUUAUCAAAUACUUUUUUGACUAAUCUUUCAAUGAUCUUAGAUAAUGUGGGAAGAAGUGCAAUUGGGCGAUAUUUCGAUGCUUGAUCUUUAUCUCCUCCUUUAUGCAGAGGUAUUAUUAUUGCUGACUUAAGGCAAUUUGGAAAAGUGCUACUUUGGAAUAUGUUUAUUAAAGUGAUAAGAUGAUUUAUGUGCAUUCCGGCAGACACGAAAACAUUUUCAAUGGAAGUCCAUCUGUCCCAGAUGAGGAUUUAUUUUUAAUGUAUCUGGGUAACCAGCACAUAAUAUAUAUUUAUAAAGAUUUUAACAAAGAUUAUUUUGGUACCAGCUAAGCAAGUAUGAUUAGAUAGCCUGUGCCAUAAUUAUUGUUAAUUAUGAAUAAUUGUAUAUUCUGACGAUUUCUUUAAAAAUAAAUUUCCUGCGUAAUUACCCGGGGCGACAAAGAUUAUUUUUAUUCGUAUUUAUUAAGCAUUGUAAAAUAAUAAAAAAUUAUCUAAUUAUACUGGUACUAUUAAGAAUCUAGAAUAUUAUAAAAAAACAUCUUGCACACAAAAA